GGUGAAAAGAAAGCAAAAAGAGAUAGCUAGGGUUUAACAAUUUCAAAAUCCAUAGCAGGGUUUUCUUUCAUUUUGCAUUCGAAUCUCUGUUUUUUUGAGAUCACUGAUUGACAGGGAUUUCUCUGGUUCUUUGUCUUGUCUCCCCUUUUCUUUUACUGUCUGUCGCUGCUGCAGCCAUGGCGGACGCAUAUUGGAAUCGACAACCGCCUAUGCCUAAACGCCCUCGGGCUGACUACGAUCUCCGAGCCUCCAUGCCACCUUUGGGUCAGGAGAUGCUUAAUUAUUUGCCACGUGAUGAUGAUCGUGGUGGGCCUCGUGGUGUAAAAGACACAAAAUCCAUUGGAUCAGCAUAUGACCGCUAUCUCCAGAGCGCGCAACCUUCUUCAUUCAGUUCUGGAGAAGCCAGUAACUUCAGUGGUGGAGCUGGGUUAGGAAGGGGUUAUGGGGCUGGUGGAGGAAUGUCUCGUCUUGCCAUUGGGGAGCCUGGUGGUAUGGUAGGUGGUCCAGAUCUAACAGCCAAUGGUCGAGGCAUGGGUUUAGGUGGUCAGUAUCCAAUGGACCGAAUGGACCGAAUGGACCGAAUGGCUAGACCAGGUCGUGAAAUGCCACCGCCUCUGCCUCCAGAUGCUUCUAACACUUUGUUUGUGGAGGGACUUCCCCCUGAUAGCACACGUAGGGAAGUAGCCCAUAUAUUUCGUCCUUUCUUGGGUUACAAAGAAGUAAGACUUGUGAACAAAGAACCUAAGCAUCAUGGUGGGGACCCUCUAAUACUCUGUUUUGUAGAUUUUGCAAAUCCAGCUUGUGCUGCAACUUGUUUGAAUGCCUUGCAAGGUUAUAAGAUGGACGAUCAUGACCCAGAUUCUCCCUUCCUGCGGAUGCAGUUUGCUCGGUUUCCUGGUCCAAGAUCUGGCCCUGGACAUCGUGGUGGCAAGCGUUAAAUCAGGCCUGAGG